AUGGCUUGCAUUGGCAGCCAAGCCUGUCGGCGCGCCUCUGUGUCGUUGGCCGGGGACCUGUUUGUUGGUGACACCGACGGUUCUACGAGCGGAACCAAUCCCUUCGCAGGCCGCCUGGCGAAUUUCCACUUCACGACUGCAGGAAACCACUGCGUUCAAACGCUAGGCGGGGGGACUGGUGUUGCCCAGUCAGCCCUAAGAGACGCAACCCUGACAUUUGAACAACCUAGCAACGUUCGCAUGCUUUGCCAGCAAGGACAAACACCCUGCCCGGGAGUCAAAGUCCUGCUGCCCCGUGGGUCAUGUUUUCACGUCAACUGUGAUGCGGAGUCUUGUGAGGAUUUCGAAGUGUUGCCGCUGGUUGAUGGAGAAACUGACUUCCGCUGUUAUUGCAAUUACAAUGGGGGCACUUCUUGUGCUUGGACAGACAACUAUGACUAUUGUGAGACUCUUACAGCAGCAAACAGUUCAAAUCCAUGUGGCACUGACAUUUGCCCUGGGACCUCUCCUGUGUGUAUGGAUGAGGACAUGGGAGGAACUUUCAUCAAUUGUAGCCUGCUGGAUGCGCCUGCGCCGGCAUGUGACGGCAGCGUGACGGGUGACCCGCAUCUUCGUACGCUUGACGGGCGACACUAUACCCUGAUGCAGCAAGGCAACUUUCUGUUGUGGGGUUUCUCAGGUUAUGAGAUUGAUGAGAUCGAUGUCGGCAACUCGAGUUCACCCAGGAAAUUACCAGUGGACUUUGAAAUCUUCACCCACUAUGCAGGCCAUGCUUCCUUCACCAAAGGUUUUCUUCUUGUGGCCCUGGAAGUGACUGCCAAAGAUUGUCUCUGGCAUCAUUGGGACACCUCCGCUUGGCGUCCCGUGGAUUCAGCGCGCUUGAACAUGGCAGAUUCAGACGGAAUUCAGUUUGGCUCCUUUGAGUUGGCCAAAUCCAAAGGGGGGCGAAAACUGACGCUAUUGAUCAGCCACAAAGGAAUGGUCAGGACUUUGGCGCAGCUGUGGGUGAAUUGCCGACCAGGUCAUCAACUGUCUGCGAAGAUCAAGAUGUCUUCGCCGAAAGAUCUGCAUUUCGUCCGUGGGGAGCUGGCACCGGGGCGUUUGAGUUUGGCCACAGGUUUGGGUGGUGAAGUCAAUGGCAUGUCUACCGAUGCUGAGUUUGCUGUGACAUCCGACUGGGCUGCCCUGGGAGGAAGCCCUGCUGCUGCAUCGUAUUUCAAGAUGGUCGAUACCACAGGACGGGGGCUCAAUCUCAUGGAGUGCUCACAAGAAGAUAAGGAGAAGCAUGCCAAGACUUGCAGGAAGUAUCUGGGAGAUUCCACAGAUGCCUUGCACAAAGAGGUCAUGGACGAUUGCAUUUUCGAUCUCUGCAGUGGUGGCGGAGAGACUUCCGCGGAACUGGCUGCGGAGAUUUUGCGCGCCGAGUGA